AUGGAAGUGGAUAUAUGCUGCAACGUCGUUCAAUGUAGAAGAUCAUUGGCCUUGGAAAAACAGGCCUGUGUUACUUCAUGCUCUCACAUCUUUUGCGUACAAUGUUCAAGCGCUGCAUUUUCAAAGGCUUUAUUGUGUCCUGCUUGUCAUACGAGCUUAAGUGGAACCGACGAUAUAAUACUGACGGAUUUGAAUCCUACAGAAGAAUACAAAUCUUCUGUUCUAGCAGGGUUAAAACCAGAAGUCAUUCUAGAUAUCACUUCUAGAGCUAUAGCGUUUUUUGAUUACCAGCAAUCCCAAGAAGUGCUUUACCAAACACUGCUGCAAAAGAAUAUUCAGGAAAAGUAUAUAGCGCUUAAGCACAAGUUCAACAUGCACACAAGGGACUCGAACCAAAUAGUAAAAGCUGAAAAGGACAAACAGACAGCACUGAUGAAAGACUUUGAGUCGGAAAAAGCAAAAUUAAAGCAAGUACAUUUUAAACUAGAAGAGAAAAGCAGGCAGUUUCAAAAGCUACUCGCCAUGUAUGAAAAGCUCAAGCGUAAAAUGACUGCUAUGUCGACGAUACAACAACAAGGUCAAAAUGGUGUGACAACCAUUCGUGCAAGCCAUGCUGCAACUUCUACACCGUUCCUAUCCCACGAUAGUCGUCGUUUCCGUUUUCAAUCACCCUACUCAUCAGCAAUAAAUAACCAGCAGAAACAAAUCUUGAGGCCGAAUAAAGAUAAGACGGCUCAGAAAAUCAAUGAUACUGCUGCUGGUCGUUCAGGAACAGAGAUGGGCAAAUCCAUGACGCCUGUGUUGACUGGUGAGGCUUCAAAAACCGCCUUGGAUUCCUCAACAACCGCAAAUGCAUCCAUCCCAUCGCCAACAAAAAUACCUUCGCCUAUUCAUCCUAGCCAUGCAGCUCAUGCUCGAACCUAUCAUGGUACAACAGCAGCCGUAACAAUACCACGAGAUAAUAUUACUGAUGCGGCAAGAAAAACGGCAAAUCUUGGCUUCUGCCACCGUCCUACUCGUCCCCCUUCAUUUCAACAGCCCACGUUGACACACAAACCAUCUCGUCAUUCUCAUUAUCACCCUUACCCACGUCGUCGCUCCAUGUCUCCACGUUCCACGUGUAGAACAACCCCUUUAACAAACUAAGGUAAAACACAUACACAUACUGUUGAAUAUGUUGACUAUAGGCUAUGGAUAAAUAAGGAUAC